AUGUUGCCACCAAGGUACAUAUUCUUCAUUGCAGUGUCUCUAGCAACAAUAGCAGUGAUCUUAUUAGCAUUGCUCUCACCAGUUUCCCACACCACCAACAAUCCAACAAAACCAUGGCUUGAUCUUUCAAUGUACAUCCAACAACAACAUCAACAUGUUGCUAGUACUGAAGAUCAAGCAUCUUCUUUAGGAGGAGCAUUCAUGUACCACGGUUUUCUCACUGAGGGACCAGAGAACACAUCAAGGGUAGUUGGAAAAGCACAGGGAUUCAUCAUAAUCCCUACAAGUAAUAACGUUGAACAGUUCCAGCAAUAUUAUUAUUAUGAUUCAUCUGCAUUCAAUGUCAUGUAUUUAACCUUUGACACUCCAGAACAUUCUGGAAGCUUAAGUGUUCAGGCUAAAGAAGAAGUAUCACCCCAGAAAAGUAAUAAUAAGGGUAGAAGAAGAGAAGAGUUAAGAGUUGUUGGAGGGACAGGUUCUUUUGCAUUUGCUCGUGGUAUUGCGGUAAUUUCUCAAACAGGUGGUGGGCAAUCUAGUCAUGAAAAUGGUGUUACUGCGUCCUAUCAUGUUAAACUUCAGCUUCAAUUUCCAAAGCAUAGUUCCAACAAGUUUUUACCAUGA